GGAGCGGGAGUGGCAGCGGCACCGCCCAAUGGCGGCGGAGCGAUGGCGGCGCUGUUGCUGCUGCGGGCGGCGCUGUGCGCGGCGGGCGCGGCGCUGUCGCUGUACGCGCUGCACGUCGAGCACGAGGCCGCGCGGGACCCCCGGUACCGGGCCGCCUGCGACCUGGCGCCCGCCGUGUCCUGCACGCGAGUCUUCUCCUCCCGGUGGGGGCGUGGCCUGGGGCUGGUGGAGCCGGUGCUGGGCAAGGAGAGCGCCCUGAACGUGCCCAACGGGGCCAUCGGGCUCCUCUUCUACCUGCUGCAGGGGCUGCUGGGCCUGUCCCGCUCCCGCGCGGCCGCGGUGACGCUGUUGGUGACGUCGGCGGCGUCGGCGCUGGCGUCGCUGUGGCUCGGGGCGGUGCUGCUGUUCCGGCUGCGGGACCUGUGCGUGGUGUGUGUCAGCACCUACGGGGUUAACCUGGCCCUGCUCUGGCUGAAUCUGGGGCAAAAACACCCGAAAUUGGGAAAAAAACACCCAAAAUCCCACUGAAACACCGGGAUUUGGG